AUGAACAACCUGGCCGACGUAGUGUUAGAGCGUUACCAUAAACAAGAGGAGCUAAUUGAGCGCAGCCAGAACAUCGAAGAACAUGCAACCGGACGUGGCUGGACUCUGCACAAUCUGGGUACUGCACGUGGAGAGUUCGAAGAUGAUCAGAAGUUGCUUAAGGGCAGCAUGACGAUCAGGGAGCAACGCUGGAGGGCAGGGCAGCCUCAACUUGCUGUAAUCUUUGCGCACCUGGAGAUCUCGGACAUCAGCAGAAACAGUAGCAGCUGCUGGAGCAGGGCGAUUGAAGAUCCAGAAACAUCGUUACAGACCAAGGGCAUUGAAGCAGUUAUGAUGCUGAGCCACAUGGGCGCUGCGCUCAACGAUCUCGAAGAUUGCGACAAGAAGAAGCACCUGUUGCAGCGCAGCUUGAGAUCAAGACGGGGGGAAGACCACUAG